GUACACAAGGCUUUAUAAAAUUAUCAGAAAGCAGAGCGGCGAGUGCAUUGACGUGUGUGUAGCUUACGGCGCGGCAGCCUGACGGAGCUUUCGUUUGAAAUGAGAACAGGAAGCGUACAGCUUUGUUAAGAAAACAGCAAUCUGGAGUUGUUUGGAAAAUGAGGUUCCAAAGCGCGUCUCAAAUAGUUCUCUUGAUGUUUUUGAUGUCAUGGUUUUCAUGCAUCGGAUCUAGUACAUUCGACACAGCGGAGGACCAGCUCCGAACUAAGAGACAGAUUAACAGUUUACCUCUGGUUUAUCCAUAUGGAGGGACUUACAAAUUGCUGGUCGGCAUGUCAAUACCAAUCCAGAAUAAUGACAAUGUGGCGUUGUCCUUCGCUGCUAACUUUCAAUAUCAGUACGUCGAGUUUCAGAACAUAUCUGAACUAUCUCAGUAUUACUUUAUCAAGCAAGUGUCAAGAGAGCAGAGGGAAGCUGAUAUACUGUCGAGAAGGGAUGAAAGACUUAUUUUCUAUAAGUCUAUAGCUGAAAUGUUGACUUCUAAGGGCAUGAACGGUGUCGAUUGCGUGUUGAGAGCUAUUUGCGAAGCCGCACAGUAUCCAGUCGAGGAGGAAGGUUUUGUUGGCGAGAUUCUGCAUAUAUUACUCACGCCAGACUACGGUAAAUCACCAUUCGAUGACGUUGAUCCAGAGUGGGAAGAGCUGAUGUCGCCAUACAAGGACGCGGCGACGGCCGGUCGACAGAUGUUCGACUGCGUGUCGAUAUACAGCGCGUGUCCCGAGGGACAAGGAGUUCUGGAGUUCAUCACCACGCUUCGGGAUGAGUGAAAGUUAUGGAAAGUUAACAACUUGUUAAUAGUUUCGUGUGAACUAAAUAUAGGGGAAAAAAGACUGAUUUUCGUUGACGAGUAGAAUUAGAUUCUAUAUUGGUUAUAAUUUUAAACUUUUAGAUAUAAUAUUGAAUAUAUACACUAAUAGAUUGGAUUGUAAGAGCUUCAGAGUGUAAUUGAAAAUAAAUUGGACACGCCAUGCAACCUUUUAGAUGUGAAAUUCAAUAAACUUAACAUUCGCAAUUUGA